AUGAAACGCCAUCGAAGUCGAAAGAAAAGAGGCCCUGUCAGACCAUUGACUUGGAGUCCUGGGCUAGUGUAUCAGCAUUGCGCAAUCUCGGCAUUCCAGCGCCGCCCAGCCCUUCUCUUUUUCUUUUUUUUUUCUUUUUUGGCUUUCUGUGGAUGGCUUUCGAGCUCCUCUGGCGGUGCUGAUUACCGCUCACUCUUUCAUGCUCAGGAUUCGAGACGGCUUGUCGGGAAAGAAAAGGGCGCUCUCGAGUCGAGAAGCCGAAGCCAAGUUUGCUGGAAUCAAACUAGUUUCGUUCUUGUCAGUGUGAAAAAAAUCUCGGGCGGGUCGAGGGCCGAAAUUCAGUGGACAGGGGAGGAGGGGGGGAGGAAGAACAUGCAGCGUGUUUUCCCUUUGGGUUAA